AUGAUAUAUUCAACUGGUAUUGGGCCACAAUCUGUAGUGGUUGGUGAUUUCAACAACGAUGCCUGGUUGGAUAUCGCUGUCGUCAAUGUAUGGAGUGAUGAUGUCAGUGUCCUUCUUGGAUAUGGUAAUGGUUCUUUUGCAAAUCAAAUGAGAUAUUCAACUGGCUCUAAUCCAUACUCUAUAACUGUUGGUGAUUUCAACAAUGACACUCAACUAGAUAUUGUUGUUGCCAAUUCGAGAAGUUAUGAUAUCAGUAUUCUUCUUGGAUAUGGUAAUGGCUCUUUCGCAAGUCAAAUGAGAUACGCAAGUGGCUCUAAUCCAUACUCUAUAGCUGUUGGUGAUUUCAAUAACGACACCCGACUGGAUAUCGUUAUUGCCAAUUGGGAUGAGAAUCAUGUCAGUGUCCUUCUUGGAUAUGGUAAUGGCUCUUUUGCAAAUCAAAUGAUAUAUUCAACUGGCAUUGGGCCACAAUCUCUAGCUGUUGGUGAUUUCAACAACGAUACCCGACUGGAUAUCAUUGUUGCCAGUUCGGGAAGUGAUAAUGUCAGUGUCCUUCUUGGAUAUGGUAAUGGCUCUUUUGCAAAUCAAAUAACAUAUUCAGCUGGCUUUAAUCCAUACUCUAUAGCUGUUGGUGAUUUCAACAAUGACACCCGACUAGAUAUCGUUAUUACCAAUUAUGCAACAACACUUACAACUGGUGAUGGUUCUCAACCACGAUCAUUUGCCAUUGGUGACUUUAACAAUGAUGUUCGAAUGGAUAUUGCCAUUGCUUAUUCGGGAACUCAUACUAUUGGUAUUUAUCUCGGAUACGGUAAUAUCUCUUUUGCAAAUCAAGUAUUGUAUUCAACUGGUCCAUAUUCAUCGCCAUAUUCUAUAGCUGCUGGUGACUUCAAUAACGAUACUCACCUGGAUAUCGUCGUCGCCAAUUACGGUUCUGACAAUGUGGGUAUUUUCCUCGGAUAUGGCAAUGGAUCCUUUACAAGUCAAAUGAUAUAUUCAGCGGGCUUUAGUUCUGAGCCAUACUUUGUAGCUAUCGGUGAUUUUAACAACGAUUUCAUACUAGACUUUAUCGUUGCUAAUUAUGCAACCAAUAUGUUGGGUAUGUUUCUUGGAUAUGGCAAUGGCACAUUUACAAGUCUUAUUCCAUUGUCGUUGGACUAUGGGUCCCAUCCAUUCUUUGUUCUCGUUGGCGAUUUUAAUAGUGACAAUAAGCUGGAUUUGGCAGUGGCGAAUGAAGGCACUGACAACUUAAAUAUUCUGUUACAGACUUGUUAAUUUUUGUACCGCAGACAUUAUCUUUUUUUUUUAUUAUUAUUAACUUGAUGUAUAUUAUCACAUAAAGUGCAAUUAUUCUUCAAAUAUGCAAAUGUGUUGCUUAAGUAUGAAAGAUGCAAUCAUUAAAAUAUGAAAUACGAUAGUGUUGUUGGAAAAGUACACAAAAAAUUUUAUGUAUUCAGAUAUCUGACAGUACUUAGUAUACUAUGAAAACCCGUCACCAGGAAAUUCUUCGAAGGUGAGAGUGAAUAUGAUUAGACAUUAUCGGUUUCAUUCUUGUUUGACAACAAGAAAUCAUGGGAAAACUGAAAUUUAUCAAGAUCGAAUAGAAUUCAACAAAGACAAAAAAUUGGAUUGCGACUGAGAAUAUGAGUUUAGCAUAAAGUCCUGAGAAUGACAAAAAUAACUUUCAAUUCUACCCGUCUACAAUUAUGUCAUAUAUAAAAAAUUUUAUUGAAUAUCAGCGUUGAUAUGAUUCAAAUAGUACGAAUGAUUAGUAGAAUGAGGAUUGUGAAAGUAGAAUAGGACUAGAUGCUAUAUCUUCGAAUGACCAAUUAGUUCUUUUAACAAUGAAAAUGAAGAACCAUUUCAUAGAAUCUACCAGCCAUAUUUGAAAAGAUAAAAAUAUUAAAUUGUGGUUUCGAAUUUGAUCAAAGUCUCAUGAUAACUUAAGUUUCAUCCAACCGCAAUAUAUUUCUACGCUACGCUCAUUUGAAGUGUAUUCGUUCAGUUUUGUUUCAAUAGUUAAUUACAUUGAUGCGUUUUCUGAUGAAGAAAUAAUA